GCCGUCGGUUGAGCGUCCGGCUUCAGCCAGGUCACGAUCUCGCGGUCCGUGAGUUCGAGCCCCGCGUCGGGCUCUGGGCUGAUGGCUCGGAGCCUGGAGCCUGUUUCCGAUUCUGUGUCUCCCUCUCUCUCUGCCCCUCCCCCGUUCAUGCUCUGUCUCUCUCUCUGUCCCAAAAAUAAAAAUUAAAAAAAAAAGUUGAAAAAAAAAUAGACUUGGAAAUGUUUUUUAAAUACAGCUUACAAUCACGAGAAAAAUCACGAAGUCAAACUCAACUCGGUUAGUGGCCACUUUUGCCUCCUGGCGCUCUGGCGAGGCAGAUGGGCCGUUUCUUCUGCGUUCGCCGCCGUGGUAGCGCACCGCCGCCAGGCCCCAGAGCCAGAUCUCCCAGAUUAAUCUCUGCCUUGAUGGUUUUUCUGUUGUUGUUCAAACGAAACUCAUAUCCUAGGGAAAAAACCCUCUCAAUAACCUGACUCAAAAGAAAAAAAAUACAUAAUGAAAGUUAUAAAGUCCUCCAGCCUCCAGGACGCUGAAACAGGACCUGCCAGAACCUCUGGGAGCCACUGCAGCCAGCAGUGGGGACGCCAGCGGGCGAGCUAGGAGUCGGCGAGCUGGGCCUCCGGCUUCAUAAGAACAGCAGCAGAAGGGGGCAAGUAACACGCCCGAAAGUAUCAAAACCAGUGGGAGUGGAGGCUGUCGAGAGAAUUACACAGGCAGAAGUUGGUUGUUUGAAAGGACCGUUGUGGCUUCUGGGCGCAGCUUGGUCAGCUGAGUGUCCGACUCUUGAUUUCAGCUCAGAUCCUGGUCCCAGGGGCAUGGGAUCGAGCCCCGCAUCGGACUCCGUGCUGAGCGUGGAACCUGCUUGAAAUUCCUCCCCCAUCUCUCUCUCUCGCUCUCUUCCCCUCUCUCAGCUCCUCCAUCCCACUUGCGCUCUCUCUAUAAUAAAAUUUUAAAAAGGAAAAACGGAUUGUUAAAGCUGGCAUCGUGUGACAAUGGAGUCCAGGAAAAGGGAAGGAGCCGUAAACUGCUAUGGAUGCAGAGGGAAGGUGACAGCAGGUCGUCGGAGGAAAAGACAGCGCACGAGCCAGUGGAUGUGAGCGCGUACGAGGCGGGUUUUAGGAGAAAGGGCAGGUGGUGAAGUCAGCACGAGAGGGCGCCGCCCAAAGACCCUGUCACUGCUGCACAGAGUGUGUCCCCAAAGAAUUCAAGUCAGGUACUGUGAGUUCAAGAAACAGAAAAUUCUAGUCCUGUGUGGACUCAGACACUGGAAAGAAGAACCGGCUCACCUUUUAUGAGCUAGUAGAGCCGUGACGUCAGCGCCACAGCCAGCGCCGCCUGCUCCCCGACGGAAUAGCGACAGGCCGCGUCCAGCGCGGCGGGGAAACGUCGUGGAGCAUGACCAGACUGGGUUGUUUCAGGAAGGCCAGUGUGGCUUAAAACGGCUAUCAUUUCUCACACUAACAGAUAUUAUUAUCUUAACAGCUGCAGAAAUAUUUGCUAAAAUCCAACAUCCGCAAAUAAGGAAUACAAUAGAAUUUUCUAAAGCCGAUGCAGAAUAUCUCCCCAAACCGUAGCUGCGCUGUGCCCUCAGGCUCCGUGUGGCCAGUGCCCCCCCCCCCCCCCCCCCCCCCCCCCGCCCUCAGGGUUUCCUCUCGGCGCCACCUGGAGCCAGGCCGGGAGUAACGUGUGCGCACGGCCUGGAAUGGGAAACCCUUCCUGGGCGUGUAGCAGGCGAUGCUGCUGUCUCCGUGGCAUCUGACAACAGUCCCAAGUAAGGCGUCAGCGAGGGUGUAGCCCGUUGUCACGUUGAAGGUCGGCGGAGUUCACUGCGCUGUGUAUGCGGAAUCAAGCAGGUGCGUGGAGGCGCGGGGCAGCGUCGUUCGCGGUGGCCGUCAGCGGACAUGCCCCGGGAGUCUCACCAGAUGAAACAGCUGCACGAGACGUGGUGUAGCCACUUGACGAAGUGCUACUCGGCCGAAAGAGGAACGAGCCCCCACGCCCGCCGCCACACUGCGGAAACGGUGCCGAGUGAGAGAAGCUGGACGUGGCCCUGCCGGCUGCUGUGCGGCGCGCAGACAGAACAGCAGAGUAGAGGUUACCAGGGGCGGGGACGGGAGACCUUCACGGGUGCAGCGUUUCUGACGGGCACGGUAACCAGGGACAGAAGCCCAUUGGGUUUGAUGUGCUGGUAACAAUAUGGGAUUUUAAAAAGAACUUUUGUGUGGGUGCCCAGAAAGCCACGUGCAGCGACGUUUAGCACGCGGACUGUCAGAAAAGUUGGAAAUAACUCAAAUGUGCAUCAACAGUGGGCAGACCCUCACCACCACCUGUGCAUCUCAGAACGCUGAGCGAAGUCAGUCGGUCACAGGAGGUCAUUAUUAUAAAGCGCAGAACUGAACAGCAAGUUGUUUGGAAAUAUCAGUGCAGUAAAACGAGACAGAGACGAAAGAACAGCUCACACCAAACUCAAGACAACGGCUCCUCAGGCAGGCGAGGCCACGUGGGCUCCCGUUUUUGAGUGGCAGCUAGUUCCUGAGCCGUGUGGAUGUUGUGAGAGCAGAUCACCCCCAGUCAAGAAGGUCCUGAUGCAAUACGCCUAAACAUGAACCUCAGGCCUGACAGAAUUCCGGUCAUUCCCGAGCUCCGAGGACAGACGGAGAGCUGUACGGAAGAGGAGAGGAAACCCCCAGGAGGAGCAGUUAGAGGGCCCUGCCCUGAACGGAGGAGGGCUCUGCGACAGCAGGGGCGCCAUGGAGGCCUUCAAAUGGAACAGACACGGGGAUGGCUGCGGAUGUCCCAGGGACGCAACACCGAUCGUCCUUACCACUGGCAUCCCGUCCCAGGUGUGCAUACCUUCAGCAGGCCUUGGGGAAGAUGGCGACCCUGGGGGACGGUCAGGAGCCCCCUCGUGUCCCGUCCCCUGUCAAUCUUGCGUCACCAGGGACACCUGGAACCCACCGCCUCGAGGCCCGGCUUCACCUCCACGGUCAUCAACACGAAAAGUUCCUGUUGCUCCGUGGCCCCAGAACCCCACCCACAGCCUCCCGCCCCCGGAAGGCCGGCCCCAGGCCUGGGCGCCUCAGCUGAGACUCCCCUGGCUGCAGCCCUGAGGUGCUCUCCCAGCCACCGCAGGAGGAGGAGGAGCGGUCCCACCUGGAUCUCCGAGAUGUGGAGGAGGUCCGGAAUGGCCGAGGUACCUGCUGGCCGGGCGGAGUCGGAGCCGGCUCCCUCCUCUCCCCACCCCCGCGACCCUGAAGAGGAGGUGCACCAGGACAGGGGGCCCCUGAGGAGCCUUCCCCGUAGACCCAAGUGUGGGGACAGCUUUGGGCAGGAGUCCAGCUCGGAGCGGCCCACGGGCCAGCCGCCGGGCACCGCGCCCUGCCCCCAGAAGAGGGGCACCUGGCGCGUGACGCCGCCACCGCAGGGAGCCUCCGGGACCGAGGGGGAUCCCGAGCGGGCCGCCGAGCCGGAGGGCGGCUUCGGCAGGGGCCCGGGCCCCGGGGUCCGGCAGGGCGGCCCGCGGGCCGGGAAGCCGCACAGGUGCGAGGCCUGCGGCAAGAGCUUCAAGUACAAGUCGCUGCUGCUCAAGCACCAGCGCAUCCACACGGGCGAGAAGCCGUACGCCUGCCACGAGUGCGGCAAGCGCUUCCGCGGCUGGUCGGGCUUCAUCCAGCACCACCGCAUCCACACGGGCGAGAAGCCGUACGAGUGCGGCCAGUGCGGCCGCGCCUUCAGCCACAGCUCGCACUUCACGCAGCACCUGCGCGUCCACAACGGCGAGAAGCCCUACGAGUGCGGCGAGUGCGGCCAGGCCUUCAGCCAGAGCUCCAACCUGGUGCGGCACCAGCGGCUGCACACGGGCGAGAAGCCGUACGCCUGCAGCCAGUGCGGCAAGGCCUUCAUCUGGAGCUCCGUGCUCAUCGAGCACCAGCGCAUCCACACGGGCGAGAAGCCGUACGAGUGCCCCGACUGCGGCAAGGCCUUCCGCGGCCGCUCGCACUUCUUUCGGCACCUGCGGACCCACACGGGCGAGAAGCCCUUUGCCUGCGGCGCCUGCGGCAAGGCCUUCGGCCAGAGCUCGCAGCUCAUCCAGCACCAGCGGGUGCACUACCGGGAGUAGCGCGCGGCAGGCGGCCUGCGGCCCCGGGUGGGGGUGGGGGGCGGCCCCCAAUGGAGGGGGAGGCUCCGGAGAGAGGGCCCCCGCCUCCUGCCCCUGUCCUGCUGGGCACCGGCAGCCCCGCGGGCCGAGUGGCCCGAAUAAAUUCUUUUUGAUUGACGGAA